AUGGCCCGCAGCUGCUGGGCGAUCCUGGCCGUGGCCCUGCUGCUGGCGCCAGGUGCCUUCUGCUCAGGGCUCGACCACCGUCGCCUGGGCGAGCAGGCCGCAGCCUCUGCCAACGCCAAAAUCUUUUCCGUUGGCGGCAGCAACCGUGGCUUUGCCCCCUCCGACCGCGCCCCCCUCCCCAACUUCGCGGGCCCCAACGGCGGCACCCCCAACGGCGGCGGCACCCCCAACGGCGGCGGCACCCCCACCGGCUUUGACUACAGCCCGGUCGCCGGCUAUGACCUGAUCUUCCGCCGCCGCAGCCUGCUCGCUGACAUCACCGCCACUGGCGGCACCACCGUCGUGGGCGGCGCCAAGCCCACCAUUAUCUCCGACAAGCCCAUUGCCGACCCCGCGGCGGCCAUCAACUCCGCAAUGGUGCAGCAGUCCCAGGCGAUGACCCAGUUCGGCCAGGACAUGGGCGCCGCCGCGGCCCAGAUGGCGCAGGGCGCAGGCAUGAUGGCCGGAACCGGCUUUGCCCCGCAGGCCUUCGCGUUUCCCCAGGGGGCUGCCGCUGCUCCCCAGGCGGCUGCUGCCGCUCCCCAGGCUGCUGCCACCCCGCAGGUCGCGGCUGCUCCGCAGGCCGCAGCUGCCGCCCCGCAGCAGCAGCUGCCCAUGAUGCGGGCACCGACCUCUGCUGCCACCAGCCACGCGGGCGCGGGCGCGCUGCAUGGCGCCGCGCUUGUGGUUGCCCUUUGCUUCUUUGCACUUGCUUGA